AUGCCUUAUUUCAGCAGUCUCCUAUUGAACCUCUCACAACAGCAACAACGAGAAUCAGUCAAGAAUUUAUCGUCAUCACCAAUCAAGACUGAAACUAGUGAUAGUGACAUCAAUAACAAUAAUAAUUUGAAUAUUGGUGUUGAUAAGCAGCACCACAAUCAGAUUGUAACUACCUUGGCAGAGUGUCAUCGCAUCGAAGAAGAACCCCUUCUCAGCGAGAAACUUCCCACCUCGUGCUCAGUUGCCACUCCGAACUCGUGUACGAAUUCGACCAGUUCGGUGAUCAGUACCACUUCUAACUCCCCGCCUCGAUCCACACCUCACUCGCAGCCCCCUCUCUCUAUCAGUCCUAUCUUGGCUGAAAUAACCACUUCAACACCGCCAACCGGAUCCUUCUGUCGUGCCCCAGGUCUCGGCCCACUCCCUAUUCCCGAUCUCCUUAACUCGUCCUCGUCAUCGUCAUCUCAAUUACCGUUAGUGUGUGCAAUAUGUGGCUUCUCAUGCAACUCCAAGUUCCAUUACAAUUCACAUAUGAAUACACAUGGCGAUCAUCAAUGUACGAUGUGUGAUUAUACGUCUCGAACAGAGGGUCGUUUGAAGAAGCAUAUGCGUGAUUCACAUACCAUUCAAGAGCAGAUGGCUGCAGGACUUGAUGUUGAGAUUAUCGCAUCUUCCUCUCAACUGUUCAGCAGCUCGUCGACCAGCUUGGCGUCAAACACCCAACUUGGCACAACUAUGACUUCUGUGCUCGAAGCAGCUAACCUUGCAGCCGCAACCCAACUCGCCGCUGCAAUGCAUGCUGCCUCAUCCUCCAGUAGCACCUCACCCAAUUAUACCUCCACCCCUCCAUCCUCUACUUCCGAUGAUCAUCAAACUGCUAUUACUUCAUCUGCUUCUCAUUCCCUUCUCCCAUCAGCCCUCGAUCAAAUCCGAGCAUUCACCGAAAAUCCGAGCAUUUUACCUGAUCUCUCGUCGACCAAUCUUGCCUCAGCCCUGAUGUCCCAUGGUCUUCUUGGGACUGCACCCCCCAUCUCAGAAGCAUCUACAUCAUCCCCUACCGAAGAGCAACAAGCAUCAGCAAGUUAUUCUCUCACCAUCAGCGGGUCUUCUUCAGAACGUCGAAGCAGUGGCAGUAAGCCGAAGACGUAUAAGUGUAAGCAGUGUAGUCACGUGAGUGCAUCGAAAGAAGAUCAGUGGGUUCAUGCGCGAACUCAUAUUCCUGUUGAGAAGCAGUUGGGUUGUACGCGGUGUGGCUUUGUUACUGAAUAUAAACAUCACUUGGAGUACCACCUUCGGAAUCAUAUGGGAUCUAAGCCGUUUCACUGCAAGAAGUGUGCAUAUUCAUGUGUGAACAAGUCGAUGUUGAAUUCUCAUAUGAAGUCGCAUACGAAUGUGUAUCAGUUCCGUUGUCGUGAUUGCACUUACGCCACCAAAUACUGUCAUUCUCUCAAAUUACAUCUCAAAAAAUACAAUCAUACUCGUGCUGGUGACGCGAAUGAUUCCACUGUCAUUAAUGGUCACCACAAUACGGUAUCACCAUUCGAAUCUGCUAAUGAGAGCGACUCGUUGAGACGUUUAAGUGAAUCGUACAGCAUGAACGGCGCUGAUGAAGAUACCAGCCCUAGACCUACUUCUACAAUACCGACCGCCCAGCAAUCUCUUGCAAAUAGUACGGCUAUGAAUCUCAAUCCGAUGGUCACUUCAAGUUCGUUGAAUCUGGCAUCGCAGUUGUUAUUGCGACAACACCAGCUAGAGCAAAUGGAUGUAGUGAUGCGAAUGAACGGUCUGUCGGGUGGCAUAACCCCUUCAGCUAUGUUGCCGAAUGUCUCGUCGACAACCACAAACAGCCCUGCAGCAGUAUCUCGAUGUGCUCUCUGCAACUAUCAAGCUCUGAAUGAAGAAGAUAACCUGCGACAUCAAAUGACUCAUCUGAUAGCCCACCAAGCUGAUCCAGCUGCUACUGCUGCUUCUCUCUACAAUUCUAUCGCAUCUAUUCAAAACUGCAAUAAUCAACCACUCACGACGACCUCACCUCGGGUUGUUAACGAAUGCGAUGAGAAGCGAAGAUUGUCGACCAGUGAUGGGAAGUUGAAUGAUGACGAUAAGGAACAGAUGCUCGAACGCUGCUUCAACAAUACUUCUGGUGAUACACAUCAAACGUCACCUGUAGAAUCAGCGAAAAGUAGUGGCGAUGAGGGGUCGUUGACAGCAGAGGAGAUGUGUGCUGAGAAGGGAGGUGGUGCAUCGAAACGAAAGGCUGGAUUGAAGUUGAAUCAGAUCGCUGCACGAUUGCACGAGAAGAAUUCACCGGGAGUCGAUGAUAUGCACAUUGUGGAUAGCACAGAUUGCGUGACCAGUGAGAGGAUGGAUGACGAUGAGAAGGAGCUAAGUCCGUUGGCUGUAACUCUGCCAAUCUCCGCACCGAUCGCUUCAAGACCCACCCCGACAAGAGUUCUUCCCACACCGCUGACAUUCACCACGGACACCACCAAUCUGAACAUCUUCCAACAAGCGUGCAUUGCACAUAUGCAAAAUAUGGAGCAGAAACUGCGUUCAGCAUUCGAUAUGUGGCGUUUUUCAUGUCCGCAUUGCAAGAUGGCCUUUCAAGACGAGCCAUUAUUCCAUAUUCAUAUGGGGUAUCACGGAUACGAAAAUCCGUUCAAGUGCAAUCGCUGCGGUCAGGCGUGCAACGAUGGUCUAACUUUCAAUCUACAUCUUCUUCAAGCUAAACAUUGA